AUGUGGAGUAGUCUUCCUUUUGAUCUCCUUGCCAACAUCUUCUCCUUCCUAUCUCCAGAUUCUUUGGCAAGAGCUAGAUCAGCUUGUAAGCAUUGGCAUGAGUGCAUCGAUACUUGCCCUUUGAACACUGAGCCAAUUCCAUCGCAGUGUCAUCCUUCAUGGUUCAUAGCCUUGCCAUUGCGAGCACACAAGCUAUGUUUUGCUCAUAAUCCAAUUCUUGACAAUUGGCAUAAGCUCUCACUUGAGUUCCUUCCUGAUUUAGUUAAACCAAUUGCAACAGUUGGUAGUCUUCUUUUUUUAAGAUCUAUAAGUUCAGUUGUUCUACAAUUGAUCCUAUGCAAUCCAUUCACUACCCAAUUUCGGUAUCUUCCAUGGCCAAACAUCAUUAGAACUAAUCCAGCUGUGGGAGUUGUGAUACAAAACACAAGCCAAGACUCUCAGAUUCCAGACUUCAAGGUGUAUGUAGCUGGGGGAAUGUCCAUGGCACCACAAGGUGGCACCACAUAUGAAUCAAAGUUGGAAAUGUAUGACUCGAGAAACGACUCAUGGCAAAUCGUAGGAUCACUGCCAGUAGAAUUUGCUGUGAGGUUAACAGUCUGGACUCAUAAUGAGAGUGUGUACUCUAAUGGGACUCUGUAUUGGAUAACCUCGGCAAGGGCAUUUAGUGUGAUGGGCUUUGAUGUUGACUCAAACAAUUGCAGGGAAUUGCAGGUGCCAAUGGCUGAUAGACUUGAAUUUGCUGCACUCACAUCUCGAAAUGGAAGGCUAACAAUAGUAGGCGGCGUAUGUGGUGAAGACGCCUGUGUUUGGGAGUGUAGAGAUGGAGAUAUGUGGGUGCUGGUUGAGAAGGUGCCAAAUGAGUUGGGAAGAAAACUUGUCGGAGGAAGCAAUGGAAGCUGGAUAAACACCAAAUGUGCAUGGAACAAUGAGGUUAUGUGCUUGUAUAAGGAGCUAGGAAAUGGAAUGGUAGUUCGGAGAGAAAGAAAAGAGAAGAAUAAAUGGGAAUGGGUUUGGAUUGAUGGAUGCUCUUCAAUUAGAGGCAAAAGAGUACAUAACUUGCCAAUAAAAGGACUGCUUCUUCAACCUAGCCUUGCUCCUUUUGCAUCUAAAUCAAAUUACACACUUUGAUACAUGUAAAUUCUUCAAUUCUAAAAAUAAGAAUAGCAGAACUAUUUUCUUUAUUCUGUAUGCAAUGAAACUUACUAUAUUGCAGUGCCCAUUGAUC